UCAAAGCUUGUAUGAAGGACAGAUUUAGAUGUUCUUCUUGGAACUUCUAGGAUCUAGUUUAUAUUGUACUCAUCGAUUAAAGGGCUUCUCUGAAGCACCAUUGUUUGUUGUAUAUAAUCCCUAUUUUUCUAUUUAUCGUGAUUCCAUAGAAAUUGACGGUCUUUAAGAUAUCGCAAGGUUUUAGCUACAAUGAAUUUGGGAUUUACGUUGGAGCACCUGACUCAAGACGAGAGUCCAUUUCUUUGGUUCGGUGAGGCAGCGUCUGAUUGAGUCGGACGGAUUCGAUCCUCUCUCGCUCUCUCUUCCCCUCUUCCCGGAACUGGCAAUAGUGCAGAACAAAGAUGAAGUUGAAACAACUGGAAAGUCUUCUUGGCAAUCUUGAUCAGUUUACCGAACCGAAGAUUGAUCUUGAGCAAUACCCCACUCGGCCUCAUAUAGCGUCAAGGAUGAUAUACACGGCUGCAAAUACUUUCGGGGAUAUUACUAGCAAAGUGGUGGCAGAUUUUGGAUGCGGUUGUGGUACAUUAGGCAUAGCCAGCGCUUUAUUGGAUGCAGAAAAUGUCAUUGGUAUUGAUGUUGAUUCUUUGUCGCUUGAAACUGCUUUAUCAAAUGCUGAGGAUCUUGAGGUCAAUAUUGAUUUGGUUCAAUGCGAUAUCCAUCACUUAGAGUGGCGAGGUCCAGUGGUCAAUACUGUUGUCAUGAAUCCACCAUUCGGGACUCGGAAAAAGGGUUCAGACUUGGAUUUUCUACUCAAGGCUUUGAAGGUUGCUUCCGAUGCAGUCUAUUCACUACAUAAAUCCUCUACAAGAGAUCAUAUCAAGAGGGUGGCCUUGAGGGAUUUUAAUGCUACCAGUGCUGAGGUGUUGUGUGAGCUUCGGUUCGAUGUGCCUCAAAUGUACAAAUUUCACAAAAAGAAAGAAGUUGAUAUUGCUGUUGACUUGUGGCGCUUCACACCUUAGAAAUGAUGUUCAGCAAAUAUGAUGAUGAGGAUGGGAGCCCUCUCUCCCAGCAGAAUUGGACCGGAAUUAUGAAGAUGAGGAGCAAAUUUGACAAUUCUUCCUGGCUUUUAUGCUGUAAGAAUAUCUUGAAUGCAUGGAGGCAAUGACCUCUGCCAUUCCUCAAUAACUGAUAAUCGACAAUGAUCUUGGCUUGAUUGUGAAGUAGGCUUUUAUGAAUGAUGGGGAUAAAGAGAAAAUAGUUUCUUCGCAUUUUUGGACAUUCGUUUAGAACGGGUGAUAUCAUAAACUUGAGUUCACCAGUGGAACUGACUCCAGACGAUACUAAAUUUUUGGAAUUUCUUCUGCAAAAUUCGAUCUUGUAUUUGGAAUACUGAUGAUGGAUUUAUGGCAGAGCUAAUCAUAUCUA